AGAGUCACUUAACAUGUCACGUUCUGGAAAAGAAAAUGAGGAUGGAAUGAGUGGGUCUGAGGAUGACUCGAACUCAGCUCCUGAAUUAUCACAGUCUUGCACAUCCUUUGAAGAGACAAAUCUUAUUAAUGGUACUAAGAGGCGCUCUAUGCUGGGAAAGAGAAGAAAAACCCCCAAUGAUUCAGACGAUGACGGAGCAGAAGGAAUCAAACGUAUGAUAGGACUUGAGGAUCUAGGCAUGAUUGUGGGAUCGAAAAGAAAAGUCCAGGCUGCAGGGUUGCUUGAGUCUGAUCAACAAGAGAAUGCUUCAUUUUGUAGACCAAGCACUAGCAACUGCCUGUCUAAUGGAGGUCCAAUAAAUGAUAGCAGAAAUCAUUCUUCAUCACUGAAAAGGAAGAGAUCUCAAUUGGCGAAUGUUCAUGAAAUCCUGAAAAGGAAAAACCGCCGCAGACCGUUGACCAAGGUUUUGGAGACUACAGCUAUGGUUCCAGUUCCAGUUGCUUUUGAUGAACUUCCAAGCUCAAGUACUUUGUUCAGUAGGGGACUUUAUGAAAAACAUGCUGCUGAUGCUUCUCAAACAAAUAAUAAGACAAAAACAAUGAAAUUUCGAGCAUACCAGAGUUGGCUGAGAAUGAAUCUUCUGACAGGCUAUUUGAUGUGCCAUUUUUCGGAGAAGAUAAACCAUCUGCGGAUUUUACUCCAAUAUUGUAUCGUGUUCAUCUGAGACACCUGAAGUUGGUGAUAUGGGAAGACAAGCUGAAGUUGAGAGGCAUAAUGAGUCUGUUUAUUCCAGAUCGGUGGAUGUUCAAACAGCUAGUAUUAGCAAGAGAACACAAGAAGGUGCUGCAGAGUGGCAGUUAAAAGGAAAGAGGAAGUCAAGACAAAUAAGUGAAAAACAAAAACAAGACCCUAGAAAAUAUGCUGACAUGAUUGAUGAACCAAAUACUUAUGUGGGAGGUAUAAAUCAUUUGGAUGGAUUUUCUCGGGGCUUUGAUCAGAAAGUUGACUGCAAAACUGUUGAAGAUCAGCUUGAUGGGUUCAGGGAUUGGAAGUAUCGGCAGCCUUGUGUGAGAGGGUCAAUAGUGGAGGCAAAAGUACUCACUGAUGGUUCCAUUAACCCUCAAAGGUCGCAUCUGUACCGCCAGUCCCGUUAUACUGUAAACCCCAGAUAUCAGACGACAGAUUUCCCUAGAAAAACUUAUUCUGCCGAUUCAUCGUUAUAUGACAUUAAGAUUGAUGUGAAAGCUGACUAUCAACCACGGCAUGUUCCAUUAGUUUCCCUCGUGAGUAAACUGGACGGUAAAGCCGUAGUAGGUCAUCCUCUGACAGUUGAGGCUUUGAACAAUGUUUAUUGUGACAAUUCGAGUCAAGAAGUUGCCAUGGAGUGCACUGAACCUGACCAUUCAUGGAAGCAAAAUUCAGGUGGACGAGUUCCUAGAAAGCAUAUAAAAUCGCAACUGCAAUUCCCACAUUGUAAACGAAAAAAAGCAAAGAAAUCUAGACUAUUGUCCAAGAAGAUUAGAAGAUUGUCUUCAUUGACUGGUCAGAAGCUAGGUGUGGCCGUCAAGAAACCGGUUGUCAUGAAGCCCAAAGGUCCUGUAAUAGCUUGCAUCACUCUGAAGCUAGUCUUCAGCAGGAUAAAAAAAUCAUUGAAUGGCCCACCACUGCCAUCACACCGAUCUUUAACAUCAGGCAAUUCAUGAGUAAGAGAUCCAAAACCGCAUUGAAAAUUCAACUUAGAACCGGCAGCUGGUAGGUAGCCCUUUUAUCUUAAAACCAACAGAACAAACAACAUUGGGUGGUUGUAGAAGGAAACUGUUAAAAGGACUAUGAAGGAUGAUGAAGAACAAGUCUUCCCUGGCUUUGUAUAUAUGAAAAUGUAACACCAGUUGACGGGCAAAGGCCUAAAGAGGGCAUUAGACAAGAUCCACGACUUAGUGUUUUUUCCAUGAAUUCAGGUUGAUUUAGGGUUGAAUAACCUAAAUUUUGGCAAUUAUACAUUUUCAAU